UUGUUGUUAUUUUCGCGCCUUUUGCAUACAAACUUUGGCAUCUGUCACUAAAACUAGUCGCGAGAAUCUUCGGUAAAUCGUACCUCCGGUAAAAAUUAUAAAUUAUUGCAAUCUUUGCUCAUUUCAAUUAACGCAGCGAUAAGUCUCGAAAGAGCGGAAUACAAAAAAGCUCAGUGAAAAUGUUUGAAGCCCGUCUAAUAUCGUCGUCCGUCUUGAAGAAGGUCCUUGAUGCGAUCAAGGAUCUACUCAAUGAAGCCACCUUCGAUUGUAGCGAUUCCGGCAUUCAGCUUCAAGCCAUGGACAACUCUCACGUUUCGCUGGUAUCAUUGACAUUACGAUCGGACGGUUUCGACAAGUUCCGCUGCGAUCGAAACCUUUCCAUGGGCAUGAAUCUGACGAGUAUGGCAAAAAUAUUGAAAUGCGCAAACAACGACGACACGCUCACAAUGAAAGCCCAGGACAAUGCAGACACUGUGACGUUUAUGUUUGAGUCGCAAAACGCGGAAAAGGUGUCCGACUACGAAAUGAAAUUGAUGAACUUGGAUCAGGAGCAUCUUGGCAUACCAGAAACAGAUUACGCAUGCAUCGUUCGAUUGCCAUCGCUGGAAUUCGCUAGAAUUUGCCGCGAUUUGUCUCAAUUCGGUGAAUCCAUGGUCAUUUGCUGUACCAAAGAAGGUGUCAAAUUUUCGGCAUCCGGUGACGUUGGCUCGGCCAACAUUAAAUUGGCUCAAACUUCAUCAGCUGAUAAGGAAGAGGAAGCUGUAGUCAUUGAAAUGCAAGAACCAGUGACGUUAACAUUCGCCUGUCGCUAUCUGAACUCAUUCACAAAAGCAACACCAUUAUCGCCUCAAGUACAACUUUCCAUGUCGGCCGAUGUUCCACUUGUGGUCGAGUAUCGCGUCCAAGACUACGGACACAUUCGCUACUAUUUGGCACCGAAAAUCGAAGACGACGACAGUUAGAGUAAUUUUUAUCCAAAUUCUGAAAUUUCAUUGCCGUCGUUUCUCUUCUAAAAUUCACAUUUGAUUCGUAACGAUUGACUAAUUGUAAUUGUACGCCUUAAGAACUGGAUUUCUCAUUAAACAAAAAAUCUAACAAAA